CUCAGCUUGCUGCCAUGCAACAACAGUUUGGUAUCUUUCAAUUAGUAUUGGCUCAGCUCCUAACUCAAAAUAAUCCUAGCGAUCCCUUCAUCAAUUUACUCAACCUUACCCCACAACCCCCAGCUCAACAGCAAGAUGCUCAACUAGUUCAACAUGCUCCUGCUCUCAGUGAGUCUCAAGGUCAAUCUCACAUAGCCCCAGCUCAACAACCUCUACCUGAUGAUGUCACUCGACAUCUGGACAGUUUAGAAAAACUGGUAACUGAACAGCGAGGUGCCCCACCUCCACACCAUAAUACUGACUCCAUAUCUCAUCCUCUGAACACCAACAUCACAUUGGAACCUUAUCCUGUUGGCUUCAAAAUUCCUCAACUCGAGACAUAUGAUGGGACGAAGGACCCCGAUGAUCACCUCCAUGCCUUUUAUUCCUGUAUAAGGUUGAUGAGGAAAACUACUUCUAAACUGUUACGAGUCAAACAGAAGGACGGGGAAUCCCUAAAGAAUUACAUGAGCAGGUUCAAUGAUGCAGUUCUUGAAGUCAGCUCCUUCAACCAAGCUAUGGGAAUUGCGGCUAUAAUUCAAGGUCUCCAACAUGAAAGAUUCAGAGAUAGCUUAAUAAAGCAUCCUGCUGCUACUUUCCACGAGGUUAAUGACAGAUCGUUGAAAUUCAUAACUGCUAAGGAAUAUGCUUUAUCCCAAAAACUAGUUCUUCCUAGAAAUCAAAACCCAGAUUGGAGAGAUGAGGAUCAGAGCAAAAAACGGAUGAAGACAAUACAGAACUGAGGUUUGAUGAUGACCUCCACACCGAAAUUUGAAAAGUCGAACUCAGUACCUCCCCAGCAAAAUAUCAGUAAAACACCAAUUAUAUG